AUGAUGGCUGACAAUGUCUUGGUAGACAAUGAGAUCAGCGAGGUCAAUGGCAAUGACUCUGACAUUGAAAGAGACAUGAACUCUGACUCUGGCAGUGGUGAAGAAGAAGGUGUCAAGACAGAUGUUGAAGAGUUUGUUAAUGAAGACCCAUUUAAUGCUCCUAACAUGCCUGAAAACCCUGUCCAUCAGUUCAUUGCUACCUUUGCCGUUCUUUUUAUCUCGCGUUAUGUUAUUAACAAAGGUGCCGCCAUAUUGAUUGAAUUUAUCAAUCAGUUACUCAAGAUCUAUGGCGAAGAUUUUCAAUUACCAACAAGUCUUAUUGGCCUGCAAAGAAUGACUGGUUUUUCCAAUUACACCAAUGGUAUCAAGAAGUCUGUUGUAUGUGAAGACUGCCACAAGGUUUACAAACAAGAUGUGCCUAUCCCUACUCAUUGCAACUUCAAAAAGCAUGGUUCUCGAUCAGCAUGCAAUUGUGAAUUGAUGAAGGUUUCAUCUUCUGGUGCCAUGGUAGGCAAGUAA